AUGACCCGUUCCCUGACUUUUGUUACAGGUAAUCCAAAGAAAUUGUCUGAAUUCCUAAAAAUUGUUGGUGAGGAGUAUGCCGAAAAAAUCAAAACAGUUGCAUUGGACUUACCUGAAAUCCAAGGUAGUAUUGAAGAAGUGAGCAAAGAGAAAUGCUUAUCUGCAUAUAGUCAAGUGGGUGGACCGGUCUUAGUGGAAGAUACAGCUUUGUGUUUUAAUGCAAUGAAUGGAAUGCCUGGACCAUUUGUGAAGUGGUUUCUUAAAUCAACAGGUCCAGAAGGACUUUAUCGAAUGUUAACUGGCUUUAAUGAUUUUCGUGCAGAAGCUGUAUGCACUUUUGCUUACUGUCACAGCCUUGAAACUCCAGUCGAAUUAUUCACUGGUAUUACAACCGGUUGUAUUGUUUCACCACGUGGACCACAGGAUUUUGGAUGGGAUUGUAUAUUUCAACCAGAUGGUUUUACAGAAACGUAUGCUGAAUUAGAUAAAGCCACCAAAAAUUCUAUAUCACAUAGAUAUAAAGCUUUGUUAAAAGUGAAAUCAUAUUUAUCAGAGCAUGGAAUAUAA